AGCUUUUUGACAAAGAUGGUUCGUGUUGGAGAAGAUGUGACUCUAACAUGUAGUCGCCAGUCUUCAUCGGCAGGAUACUUAUUUUGGAUCAGACUUGUUGCUGGAAACUUCCCUGAACCUUUAGCAUCCACUUAUACUUUUGAUAAUGCCAACGUUUUUAAGACUCGUCGCAUUACAGCAAAACAAGGGUUCGGAACAUUUGUGCUACAUAUUGCCAAAACAGAACUCAGUGAUACUGCAUUGUACUACUGUCAACAAGUGGUUGAACUACAGACAGCUUUUUUGAAUAAAACCUUCCUGGGAGUCAAAGGACCAGAACCAAAUAUCACUGCCGUCAUACAAAACCGUACAUCUGAUCCAGUCCGUCCAGGAGACUCAGUGACUCUGCAGUGUUCAGUCCUCUCAGACUCUAAGAAGAAAACGUGUCCAGGAGAACACAAUGUGUACUGGUUUAAAGCCGGAUCAGAUGAAUCUCAUCCUAGUGUCAUUUAUGCUCAAAGAAACAACAGUGCUGGAUGUGAGAAGAGUCCUGAGGCUCACUCUCCACAGAAAUGUGUCUACAGCUUCUCUAAGAACAUCAGCUCCUCUGAUGCCGGGACUUAUUACUGUGCUGUGGCCGCAUGUGGGGAGAUCUUAUUUGGAAAUAGAACAAAACUGGACAUUGAAGCCUCCAACAUGUCGUUUGGCGAUUGUCAGAGGGCCAAUACACUUCUCUGUCUGUCUUGUGCUGCGCUGGCUAUAAGUUUGAUUGUUAUAGCCUUACUGAUAUAUGCCAUCAAGAAGAAAAAGUGCAAUUGUUCUAAUGCUGCUGCCCUGCAAACAAAUGCUGCAACAACAACCACUGAUCAACAGGCAGAUGAAGACUCAUUGGUUUAUUCUGUAACAAACUUCACCAAAAGGAAAGCUGGCUGGAGUAUAAGGAGAGCUGAAGUCGAAGAAGAGACCGUCUACUCUGAUGUCAGGUUUUGGGAUAGAAACAGCAAUGUGUACACUGAAGGUAAUAGAUGUUUGUGUAAUGCUUGAGAGCUACACCAAGUAGCAGAUAUUAGCAACAUAAGUUAUGUUGUAAAGCAAAUGUGUCCGUUAGUGUAUAUAUUUAGGCCAGAUCCUUUUGCCUUUAAAUUUUUCUUUUAUUUCUGUAAGUUGUUUAUCUUACAUUGCUGUCUCUUUUGUAUGUAGUAAGAAUGUUAAGCUCUUAUACGAAAAGUUUAUAUUCAAGCUUUCUUUUGUGUGUCACAGUCCCUUUUGUGUGGCCAACCAUUUACCACAAUAGGUUACUAUCGCACCUGCUACAACUACAACAUGAUGCCUCUGCCUCUCAGAGCUGGCAGUCAUGAUCUGGGGCGGCUGUGGCGUAGUGGAGAGCAAGGUAGUUCUCCAAUCAGAAGGUCGGUGGUUCGAUACCCGGCUUCAGCAGUCGAGGUGUCCUUGGGCAAGACACUUAACCCCAAGUUGCUCCCGAAGGCUUUGCCAUCGGUGUGGACUGGAUGUUGCAUGAAUGUUAGUUAGAGCCUGAUGGUGGCACCUUGCAUGGUAGCCUGUCAUCAGUGUGUGAAUGGGUGAAUGAUAUGUAAUAUACUACUGACUGUAAGUCGCUUUGGAUAAAAGCAUCUGCUAAAUGACUGUAAUGUAAUGUAAUGUACUCUGCACAACCACAAGAGGUCGAUGUCAGAAAAGUAUCUCAAAAAGAGAAUUUAUUUUUAAGCAUUUGAACAAAGUACUGUUGCUGUGUCCCCUUGUGGUCCAGUUCAGUCCAGUUCAUCCUGGCCGCUUAGUACACUGUCAUUUUAACACAGACGAAACAACUGCACUAAGAAAUGGACUGACGCCUUAAUUUCCAAACUGUCUAAGAGAAAAGAAGUUUAAGCCAAAUGUGGUUUGUGUGUUUAAAAGGCAAAAUUAUUGAACCAGAUGAGUGACAAUGGUUGAGGGCCACUUUUGACACCAACACUGAACCAAACUAACCCAAUUCAUGUGAUGGAUUUCAUUAUUUAGGAUAAUUUGUCAACCACGGUAACAUUUAUCAGCUCAAGCGUGGGUAUUUCCCCCCAGUUCUCAGAAAAUGAAAAUGGCUUAAAACAGUUUGGUUUCUUUGCUCGUGUCCCACGUCAUACAUGCAGCCAUUUCCUGACUGAAAGUGGGUUAAAAUGCAACCACAAUGUGCAUUUGAGUGCGACUAUUUACCCAUCAUACUGAGAUACACAAAGCUUUGUCCAGACUGAAGUACAUCAACUAUCUGAUUGAUUGUGAGGAGAUUUUGUACAGACAUUCAUGGUCCUUGAGGGUUAGUCUUCGGACAAGCCUUAGUCUGUUUGGCUAGUCCAAAUGAGAGGGAAAUUGAUGCUUCUGGGUCUUUUUCUAUUUAGUCUGGUUUAGUUUAAAUGUGUCCUAAUUA